AUGUUCUCUAGAGCCUUGAUAAACUCCAGAACAAAGUUGUGGAAACCAUCCCUUAGGGUAUUUAGCACAACAGAAGUAGACUCAAAGGUCUCUCAUGCUAUUGAGACUUCAUUAAAGGAAGUAGCCUGCCAUGAAAUUGAACAGAAGUAUUUCCAAGAUGAUUAUUUGUUCAAAGAAGUGAUCAAUUUCUCCAAAUUUGGUCUUGAUUCUUUGGAUGUUAUGCAGCUCACUGUUGCUUGACAAGACUCCUUAGAUGUUGAGCUUCCAGCCGAGGUAUUCGUGAAUCUAAAGACAUUUAAAGCAUUAAAGAGGCAUCUUGAACAAGCUUGUGAAAAAUCUUAGAAUUUCUCAAUUUGUGGCUGUAAAAAUUUCAAAAGUUGAGCUAUUCCAUUGUAACUGUCUAACUUUAGGUAACUUUAUUUUUCCACUAAAAUCCUAAGAUUUAUCUAUAA